AUGAAGGACAAUAUUCUGGUCGCAGUUCUUCUGGCGAUAGCGUUGGUCACCCCGGCCUUCGCGUGGUUGUUUUACGUUUGGUAUCGGUCACAUUUGGCCCAACUGCACCAAGAAGGCCGAAUCAUCAACAGAAGGAACCAAGAUCGCGCCCAGGCCAACUAUGAGCCCGCGGACGGAGACCAAAACGCCAUAUUUGGACCCUACUUUACCCCUCGCGGAUGGGUUCGACCAAAGGCUCGAAGACUAUCCCAUGUCCCGCCACAGUACGUUAACCCCCGGCAGCCGAGCGGUAACCCGAAUCCUGACCAACCUUUACAAGGACAAACCCAAGCGAGCACGCAUAGUCCUCAGAUGGUGAACCAGCAGCCGAACCAGCAGCCGAACCCGUUAUCUAAACGGCAGCAAAGGAAGCAACGAGCGUUACAAAACAAACAAAGGCAGCAACAGAAAAGACAGCAGCAGCAAGGCCAAGAUGAGCAACAGAGCAAGCAGAACCAACAAAGCCAGCCGAAACAGAAAUACAAGAACCAAGGCCAGAACCACCAGAAGCCUCACAGUGCUCAUUCCCCCAAUGCCCAGGAGAGCCACGACGAGCAGAAUCAUGAAUGGGGAGACACAGAAGCACAAAAUGACCAAACCAACAACCAUGGUGGUGGGGGUGGAUGGGGAGAUGAUGACGGCACGCGGGACAAUCAACACAAUACUGGGCAGAACGAGGACAACAACGAUUGGGGCAACGAUAUCAACAAUGACCAAGGAGAUCUAGUAAAUAAUGGAUCACAUUCUCCACGACGAGACAAUCACAAUAGCCCAAGGGAAAAGAGCCCUCAGUGGGAUAACGAAUAUUACGAUGACCACAGACACAACAAUGGAACACGAGAAAGCAAUGAAGAGCAACACCAUCACAAUGGAUGGUCCAACGACCGCCCUGCUUCUCCACAUCAAGCGUCAAGAAAUGAAGCGGAUCCGCCCGGUGGUUGGGGUCAGGAUGACAAUGGUGCACAGCAGAACAGCCAUCCACGGAGCAACCAUUCCAACGAAGACCGUAACCGCCACGGUGAAUGGGGAAAUGAUGAUGCAAAAAUUUACAAGAAAGGCAAAGACAACUACCGUGCAUCUUCGGAACGAAGGUCAAGAGGCCAGUCAAGCCCCAACCGUGACUGGGGACAAAAUGACCAUAAAGAAUGGGACAACUCCAGGGGACAUGAAGAAGAAUACCGUGGCGGCAGUUCAGCCCGGGGCCAAGGUCACAAUGUACACCGAGACAAGAAGAAGAAAAAAGAACGCUGGGUGAUUGAAUUGGAGGAGAACGAGAAGAGGCAGCGUCGUAGUCAAAACCGCGAACACUCGGAUGCAGCAUGGGAAAAUCGAAGCCAGGCUUCCGGCUGGAAAGAGAAACAGGAAUGGUGA